GACCAUGUGGCCAAUGAAGCUGGAUAUGACUCGCGACGAAUGCCGCGGUGUUCUUCGGCGGCUUGAACUCGAAUCGUAUGGCACCAUCGUAAGUGCAUUCCGGGCCCAAGGAACGCUGUGCAAGGAGAAAUCACGGAUACUGGAAGACUUACGGCGUGUGCUGCACAUAUCUAGCGAUCGACAUCGAGCAGAAGCACGGCGCGUCGCAAACGAUGAGCGCCUGACAACGGUAGCCGAAAUUGUUUGGGGACCGAACAGUUCGCAGGAUUGGCGUCGGGAAGGUCAUCGGUCGUUCCCCGUGCUACCCAGGACGGUGCCGCACACGGCCCUUACCUAUAUUGCUAACACGGUGUACGAGCAACUUACGCGUGCAAACUCCAAACUACCGCAUCCCGCUAAAACGUCCUGUGAUCGAUUUGGCAAAGCUGAAGCGGUGUACAAAUUCGAGUUGAUCAAAAUGGAACCAGCGCUUGCUAAGAAAGGUUUCGAACGUGAUGCAGCAAUCGUAACUUCAGACCCGUUGCAGGACAUAAUGUCCAAAAGCUAUAUCGAGAAUGAUAUGACGCAGGUGGAAGCAGCGAGGAAAGGGAAACCACAGGCACAGGAUGAAUUACACGAGCGUACGAUUCAAGAGACACAGCUAGACGAGAAUGGUGUUUUUGUGACCGAAAAGACAUUUUCUCCUGUCAACGACCAUCCAUCCCUGAGUGACAUACUGUUGGAGGGACCUACCAAGGGAGGAGGCGCCAAUAACAAACUGGAGCAGUGCAAAGCAUACGGUGGCAAAUCGACCGGCAAAACUGGGGAGCGUACGAGGAAAAAUUCCCAAGGAGCUAAACGGCCGGCGAAGGUGAAAUCCCCUUAUCCGUCAGGAAAGCCGCCCAAGUUCGGGUCUUCCAAGGCGAGCAGUUUACACAGCCCACAUUUGAUUCACUCUUACGCCGUUCCGUACGAUGUGGCAACGUCUACCGCCAACGGUGCGGAAAACGUGCCACAACUGCAGCACCACCUAACAUCUAACAUGCCAUAUCCACAGCAAAAUGCAAAUCACCCAGCGAUACCCGGUGGACAGUUGAUGAAAUCGCAGCAAAAUCCGUCAACAUGCAACUUCACACCACCUACCGGGACACAGUCCGUUCCAGGAACGUCAACAGUGUUCUCAUCUCCGCUACAGGCAUCCGCGAAUGUGUGCACGCAUCAGAAGUGUAUAUUGCCGUCUUCGAAAAAGGACAUUCAGUACAAUCUUUCGAAGCUUAAUCCGACCUACGGCGGCGGCGUUAGUGGCCCUGCGAGGGGUGAUAAUGUGCAUUUUUCUGCGCGAUCCGCAAAUCAUGUGCAUGGCAAACCCUGCCACCUGCCGCAUCCGUUGUUGAAUUAUCAAAAGAAAUCGCCUGGCAAAAACAUUCUUAUACCCACAUCGACCUCGGCGGCCACGUUGACUACGAUGGGUCUGCCGAAACCGCUGCACCCACCGUCACCGGAGCAUUUGAACCAUUGGGAAGCUGGCGGUGCUGGUGGCGGUAAGACUGGCGAUACUAACGAGCAACCGAACCACGCGAAAGUACGCCAUUCACAAGAAAUACCGGAUCCGAAAGUAAUAUUUUCCACUGUCCCCGCUAUUCCGCCACCCGACCACCAUGUGGAAGAAAACCUUCGACGCGUGGUAGACGCAAAGAUCAGAGAGGGCGCUGCUGUUGCCGUGGCGACGAAAACGGAGUCAAAACCUAGUCACCUCAACGGUGCGCCAAACAACACCGCCGGUACCGGUGCUGGUAACACACCGGUGAAGGUUGGAGCUCAGAUACUGAAAUCAUCCGCAAUUAAGGCCACUCCGGUUCUCACCGGGUUCACGCCAGUCAGCGGUGGCAACAAGCUCUCGGUGCACAAAACACAGCUAAUGCCACUCGGCAGCGGAAGUGCAGCGGCUCCUUCGGUAGCAACGGGCGCUGCUGCAAUAAUAAAGAACAAUGUAUUUAUUCUACCAAAACCCAGCCCCACCGGAACGCUUAACGCCGCGGGUAUGAAAAUGUCCCUUCCCAGAAGUGCCGUGGACUUGACGCAUCCGGUAGCACUGCACGUGACACGCAGCCCACCGAAGGUGAUCGUGCAGCCAGUACCAGAGCUGAAUAAUGUUGUCGCAUUCGAUGCUGGCCUAGAGCAAUCCACUAAACCGCACGUUGGAAAGGUGGUUGCCGCCGAUGCCGAUGAAAAAUCGAGGGUUGAUAUGACCACGCUGUCAACAGAAACAACCGAUGGAGGACCACCUAUGAGAAAGAUUACAAUUGCCAGUAGCCAGCUGGUACCUUUCAAAGGCACAUUGCACGGGACAACGCUGCCAUUAAUGGUCUCUCCCGCCGUACCCGGUGCAAAGAAGCUAAAGCUUUCAACUGAGAGAAUCUCUCAGCUGUCUGUGCCGGCCGAUACCGAGGCAGCACGUGACUGGGAGCAGGAAUUGGACCGCACGAAAAGUGCUUCUUCAGCAGUGCUUCAAAAAACCAACUUGUUGUUCCGUAAGAUCGAUGCAGAAAUCAUAUGUACCACCAGCAGAACCGGGGGGGUUCAGUAUGCCAAUAGCGACCGCGAUCGCCCGUGUGCCUUUAGUGCCGGCGGUGAAACGGCUACCGCACUGCAAAGUGAGUAUGAGGCAAACUGCACGGAGCGGGGCGAUGAUUCAUCGGCCACUGAUUCGGCCGCCGCGGAAGAAGACCUGGACGAUGAGACGAGCAGAAUGGGGGACGAAAACGACGGGAUUGAGGAUAACGAUUACGAGGAGGAGCAUACAGUCAACAUGGCCGAGGACAUGGCCGACGAUUUAUAUAUCGAAGAGGAUCACAACCUAGACGCGCUCAUCGAGGAAGAUCCGGAGGAAGAUUGUUUCGUGGACGAUGGCAUCGAAGACGAACGGAUCGAGAUCGAGAACCCAAGCUACAAUUCGUCGCGGCGGCAGUUGGUGGCGGAACUGGAAGGCACAGAGGAACCGGGAUUUUUCCGGGAAGAGCAUUCGGAAACGAACGGUAUAUUGGUGGUACCGGCGGCCAUAAACUUCGAGCAGUGCAGCGACGUGAUCGAGACGAUUGAAAACGGUGAUCUGCACGAACCGUCGUCGAUCGAGUCGAAGGAUGAAAUCGUGUGUGAACUAUUGGAAAUUGAUGCAGACGGCAAUCACCACACGCGCCAAUUCUCCUACGAGCAAGCGCUGGCCGAAGGGCUAACUGUUCUGCCGCGGAUCGCCAAAACGCCUCACAAGGUUAACCCGUCCGUGAGUUAA